ACACUCAAUAGAAAGACACAGAAAGGAAAAAAGGACCAACAAAACAAAACAAAACAAAACCUUCCAUUUCAAGAAAGCAUCGUCUUUGUGUGUCCGAAAAAUGGAAGAUCUAGGCCAUGAGUACCAGAAUUACUGGGAAACCACAAUGUUCUUCCAGAAUCAAGAACUCGAAUUUGACAGUUGGCCGAUGGAAGAAGCGUUUUCGGGUUCCGGCGACUCGAGUUCGCCGGAUGGAGCAGCAACGUCGCCGGCAUCUUCGAAGAACGUUGUAUCUGAGAGAAACAGACGACAAAAGCUUAAUCAGAGACUUUUUGCUCUCCGAUCAGUCGUUCCCAAUAUAAGCAAGUUGGACAAGGCAUCUGUCAUCAAAGAUUCAAUCGAUUAUAUGCAAGAGCUUAUUGAUCAAGAGAAGAGGCUAGAAGCAGAGAUCAGAGAGCUAGAAUCACGAUCAAUAAUACUAGAAAAUCCGAUAAGAGAUUACGAUUGCGCCAAUAAUUUUGGGGAAAAUCAGCUGCAAGAUUUCUCAGACAAUAAUGGCAUGAGAUCAAAAAAGUUCAAGCAUAUGGAUUACGAUACUAGAGUACAACACUACCCCAUUGAAGUUCUCGAAGUACAUGAAGGUGACAUGGAUGGGAGAGAAGACAGUAGUGGUAUGCAUAACAUGUAGCAAGAAAAGAGAGACAAUGUU